GACCACUCCCCCGGGCUGGCCUCCCUGCUGCUCACAGCCAGCUGGACAGCUCUAGGGAGGCAGCUCAGAGGCUCUUCCUCAGGCCUCUUGAGCUGGUGCUGCUCUGCACUUCACCAGAGAGAGGGAACGCGCUCUUGGGCGAGCUUGACAGGUUUGGGGGCAUUCCACAGGACCUCAGCCAUGUUGGCCUUCCUGUUCUGCGGCCUGCUACUGGCGGCCUGUGGCUCUGUCACCUGGACCAUGUCAGAUCCCGGGGAGUCCGGCAUCGACUUAGCAGACAGGCUUGACCUGGUUGAGAAGAUAGGCGACACACAUGCCAAAGUGCUGGAGAUCUGGAUGGAACUAGGACGACAACGGGAGGUGGAUGCCAGGGAGAUGCACGCAGUCUGCAGGGUACAGCCAUCAGCCACACUGCCCCCGGAUCAGCCACAGGUCACUGGUUUGAUCCUCUUCCGGCAGCUGGGGACCGGCUCCAGGGUUGAGGCCUACUUCAAUCUGGAGGGCUUCCCAGCCGAGCAGAAUACCUCCUACCGCGCCAUCCACGUGCAUGAGUUCGGGGACCUGAGCCAGGGCUGUGAUUCCACCGGACCGCACUACAAUCCGCUGGACGUGCCGCACCCGCAGCACCCAGGCGACUUCGGCAACUUCGCGGUGCACAAUGGCCAACUCUGGCGGCACCGGUCCGGCCUGACGGCGUCCCUGGCUGGGCCGCACUCGAUCUUGGGCCGCGCUGUGGUGGUCCACGCCGGCGAGGACGACCUGGGUAAAGGUGGCAACCAGGCCAGCCUGCAGAACGGCAACGCAGGUCGCCGGCUCGCCUGCUGCGUGGUCGGCACCAGCAACUCCCAGGCCUGGGAGAACCUGACUAAGGAGCGCAAGAAGCGGCGGCGGGAGAGCGAGUGCAAGACCUCCUAAGCAUCGCUCAGGGUCUCCGAGCCCAGCCGCUGUACGCAUAGAUGCCUCCAUGCGCCCCCCCAGAUGCCUCCAGUCACCCCAGAGGCGUCCGGGCACCCAGUCAGAGGCCUCCUAGACACCUCAGUUGCCUCUGCGCGCCCCACACGCUUCCAUGCAUGCCAGACACCUCUGUGUGGCCCCAGAUGCCUCCAUGAACCUCCUCCGCCACCUCCACGCGCCCCAGAUGUUCCCACGUGCCGCAGACACCGUUCCUCUGUGUCCAGAACACCUUGGGUAACCCAGACAUCCUUUCAUGCCUAUGUACCUCCACAGACCCAGAACCCCUUUGUGCUCUAGAUCCACCUUGAAUCCCUUUGUGUCCCAAGACAAUCCCACAAGCCCCUAGAGACCGACUUUGAGUCUGCUCCCAGAGAACCCCCUCUUUCUCCCCAGAGAUCGCAUGUGCUCAGACACGCUCCUACUCUGAGGACCUCUUAGCACCUUUGAGAAUGCUCCCUUGGGGUGUACUGAAAUAUUGCCCACCCCACUUCCUCCUGCCCGCUUUCGUUUUCUUCCCCUAGCACCUGAGACGCCUCUCUUUCCUGGAGACCUUUUUCUUCCCUUUGUUCCUCCAAGGUGCUCCGGGACCACUCUGACACCCCCCCACCCCCAAGAUUCCACGUUCCUGAUGACCUUCUGCGGGGAUGGGGGGGGGGGCUGGUUCUGUUUUCAUCUGUUUCCCAUAUGGUGCCUGCACCCCGGGGAGAUCAGCUCCUUCCAGAGAGUAUUUGGAAACCUUUAUGUUGCUCAUUAAAACCCCAGCAAUUCA